GAACCCGACACUAAUGACCCGUAAAAACCUACAAACCUCCUCAGUCUAACGCAAACUACCGCCACACGAUCACCGUUUUUCAUAAUGGUACUCUCCAUGGAUCGCUGGGUCGGCAAAGUGGCCGUAGUAACAGGUGCCAGCUCCGGAAUCGGGGCAGCCAUCGUGGACCAACUCGUCGAAAUCGGCCUCCAGGUAGUGGGCAUCGCCCGACGUGUCGAACUUGUCGAAAAAAAAGCGCAGGAACUCUCCGACAAGAAGGGCAAACUUCACCCCUACAAAGCCGAUUGUUCGAAGGUACAAGAGGUGGUGAAGGCCUUCAGCUGGAUUGAGGAAAAUCUAGGGGCCGUGAAUGUAUUGGUGAAUAAUGCUGGCGUAGCCAAAGAUACGUCGCUAGUUGAUGGAGAUGAGGAAGAUUGGAAGAGUGUCCUUGACCUCAACGUCAUGGGUUUGUGCGUGGCCACGAGAGAGGCGAUUAAGAGCAUGAAGAAGCACGGUGUUAAUGGGCAUAUUAUCCACAUAAAUAGUUACUGUGGGCAUGUUGUUCCCAAUUUUCCUGGGUUUAAUAUUUACCCGGCGUCGAAACAUGCGGUGACGGCGUUGACGGAGACCUUGAGACAAGAGUUGAAUAGACUGCAGUCCAAAAUAAAAGUAACGAGCGUCAGCCCUGGGCUCGUCACCACCGAGAUGACCUCGCUAAAAAAAGACCUGGACCCAACCAUCAAGGCCAUCGUUGAAAAAUUCGCAGCCCUGAAACCUGAAGAUAUAGCAGACGGUGUUAUCUACGCCCUGAGCACCCCAGAACACGUCCAGGUCCACGAGUUGCUUAUCAAACCAGUCGGCGAACUAUACUAAUCCUGACGAGGAUUAAAAAAUACUUUAAAUUAAUAUUUGUUAGUUUCAUAGUUAAACCACUACGCCAAACUAAACCUAGGCGAGAAAUUUUGGAUCUAGGUUAUCGACCAUCUCUCGCAGGGGCACUUUAGCGAAAAACCUGUUAUAUAUACGGGCUACGGUUUCGGCGAAAAAUAUUUCCCAACCACUCCUAACGUCGUCCCAUAUUGAAUUCCAGUUCUCAUUAAGGACGGUGUUCAGAGUAUCACCCAAUUCUUUAUUUCCGUCAAAAAGAUUUUCCAAAUGCAUGUACAGACGACCCAAGUUUGGGAUUUUUAGUUCUUUGGAUGCAGUAAUUCGUAUAUAUAUUUCUCCUUUCUUCUGUAUUUUUUCCAAAGGGAAAUGUACAACAGCAGUCAGAUUUGCUACAAUAUGUAAAUGACCACACAUUUUUAACUCUUAAAAAUAGCACUUACUUAAAAUUAUCGUACAAUUCCCCCUACCUACAAUGGGCAAAAGUAGUACCCUUCCAUUGAGACGAUAGUUCCCCAGAAUUUUCAAUUUUGGUAGAAACCCAGUAUAAUUCAUGGACAUAUCCUCUAGGUUAAAUCUGCAACUCUAAAUUCAGUUGUGAAGAUUCUUUAAAACAAAACUUACGUCGCAUCUUGCAUUUGAAUGUCCUUUAAUCCAUACAUUACUGCAUUUUCAAAAUUUUCUUGUACUUGUACAGGACCGGUUCCAGACCCAAUCGAAAACGAGUGUAUGUCGAGAGGUUCCAAAUUUGGUAAACCAAUGCUUUUGAUGGGUUGGGUUAGCAGCGAAGCUUCAUUUUCCACAGCUCUAGCUAAACAGUUUCCCAAAUUUGGGUCUCCGUAGAUGCAUUUUUUUAAAUUGGAUGCUGCGGUAUAGUUGUAUUUAAAUUUUUUUAGGGGUUAGUACUUACGUAGUUUAGCAGAGUGUGUAAAGUUUAUUAUUAGUAAUAUUAAAUGUAGGGCAGGAAGACUGUUCAUGUUGGUGUUUUUCUGUACACUGAUCACUCAGAUUUUCUGGAAAUAUUUAUAAUGAUUGCGGAAAAUAGUUUUCCUUGUUUACGCAAAUUAACUCAUUUCUUGUUGUGAUUUAUUGCUUCAAUUAAAUUGUGCCUGGCAAUGUGUUGCCAGGAAUUAUUUACAAGUGUAGAAGAUUGAUUACAGCUUUAUAUU